AAAGAGAAGUUUUUAGAAAGGUAGGGCAGCCCUGAAAUUUAAACUACAAUAAAAGUGAUUAAAAAGUUUAAACAGCCUCCUUAUCUCACAGCUCUUCAUCACUACCUUGUGAUAACAUCUACAUAAACCCGUGUUUUUGUUUGCGGCUUUUUUGCGAUAAUUAAUACAAACACAUAUGCGCACCGAGUGCUGAUUAACCUCUACGGCUUGGAGAGGGUCAGAUAAAAACGCAGUGCAAUUGGCACUUACACUCAUUCCCCAGCUGCAGCUACAUCCAAAAUGGUCAACGUCAAGGAGGACAUCUUUGCCACCGAAGCAGUGAAUCCGUUCACCAAGUCUAAGGAUACCAUCAAACGGUUCACCCUGGCAAAUGGAAAUGGGAUGUCCGUGCAGUUGAUUACUCGGGGAGCCACCAUUACUAGCAUAAAGACUCCCAAUGCCAGCGGCCAUAUAGAUGACGUGACUCUCGGAUUUGAUGAUCUGGCGGGCUAUCAAAGUGAUAGGAAUCCAUAUUUCGGAGCCACCAUUGGCCGAGUGUGCAACCGAAUUGCCAAUGGCAGCUUCCAGCUGGACGGAAAGUUAGUGGAGGUUUCCAAGAACCGAGAAAACAAGUUCCAGCUCCAUGGCGGCUUUGUGGGCUUCGAUAAGGCACACUGGGAAGUGGUUGCUGUGCGUCAGGAUGGAGUUACUCUCUCUCACACCAAUCCCGACGGUCAUGAGGGUUAUCCCGGCAAGGUAACAGCCACCGCCAGCUUUACCCUCAGCGAGGACAACUGUCUCCAUGUCCAGAUGACUGCAGUAACCGAUAAAACUACUCCUGUAAAUCUCACUAAUCACUCAUACUUUAACCUAGCUGGCCACAAAGCCGGAGCAAAUGGUCUCUACGAGCACAACAUUGAAAUUAAUGCUUAUGGCAUUACCGAAACGGAUCAGUCAUCUAUACCUAGUGGAAGAAUCACACCAGUCGACGGAACACCCUUUGAUCUUCGGGUGCCCAAGAAUCUUGGUGAACGUCUUAAGGAUAUACAACCAGCUCGGGGCUUCGAUGACAACUUCUGUGUGACCUUCAGCCCACCACAACCCCUGGCCAAAAUUGCCAGAGCCACCCAUCCGCCCAGUGGCCGAUGGCUGGAGGUAGUGAGCAAUCAACCCGGAGUGCAGUUCUACACCUCCAACUUCAUGCCGGACGUGGAGCGUGGUGAAGUGGCCAUUCCCGGCAAGGAUGGUGCUGCUUACGCCAAGCAUGGGGCUUUCUGCCUAGAGACACAGAAAUUCCCGGACUCCGUAAAUCACAGCAACUUCCCCUCGACCAUUUUGCGACCAGGGGAGAGUUACCACCACGAAGUCAUCUACAAGUUUGGUGUUUCUCGCUAAGGGGCAAACUCCUUAUCUAACCAAUAUAUACCAAUAAAUACUAUGUAUCCGACUAAUCAAAAAACACGUAAAUAUAACCAAUAAACCAAAGCACACAGAUUA